AUGGCGAUUCCUACAAACACCCUUCUUAUCGAGGGUUCCUUCUCCGAACUUGCGGAGGAGUUGGCUCAUUACAUUGACACCAUCCGCAAAACUCAAACGGAGGGCUCUGUCCACGCUGAAAUCGCUCCCAUACUCGACAGCUUACGCGAAAGAGAGCAGUCGGAAGAAGAGGCCAGCCAGACUCAGCAACAGCAAGUGCUGAAGGACAGAGAUGAAGCGCUGAAGAAGUUGGUUGUCGCGUCUGCGGCGUUGAACGCAGCGCCUGAGAAAGAGAUCACCGCCGCCUAUAAUCUUGUCAUUCACCUUGUUCGCCAAUCCUCGAACCCUGGCAUGUUCCUGCCUCGAAUCUGCGCGUUUCUGGCCAAACCCUUCCCCUCGGCUCCGCAACACGGGCCCUCUAUUGCGCUCUCUAUCCUCAGCACCAUUUUUAACACCCUCGCUCCCUCCGAUGGCGUCCGAUACCACGUUUUCCUCGCUGUCUUGGCUGUUAUUCGCACAUCCUCCUCGACCUUGGCGUUUGAAGCGCUCAAGACCCAACUCAAAAACCAACUCUCCCAUUGGAUUACGGCGUGGAAUAUCGACGAAGAGGAUGUGGAGAAAUUACAUCUGGCAAUUGCCGAUGCCGCCAAACAAGCAGGUGAUGAUGAGAUGUCAUAUAACCACCUUGUAUUAGCCUUGAAAGCGGUCCCGCCCUCUGAAUCGUCGUCGGAUGAAGCCCGUGAAUUGGCCGUGCGCGCCUUGGUCUCAGCUCUCACCUAUCCAUUUGUGUUCGACUUUACUCCCCUGACUUCGAGCGAUGCGAUCCAGAACCUCCGAUCCGCAGACCCUUCUUUGUUUGAACUUCUUGAAAUUUUCGCCUCCGAUACGCUUGACACGUAUGAGGAGUUUAUCAAGGCUGCACCCCUUUCGUCCAUCCACAACCUUGCGGAGUCUGCUGAAGUUUUGCAGACCAAAAUGCGUGUCCUUACGCUUGCCAGUUUGGCGGCAUCUUCUCCUUCCCGCUCACUACCAUAUGACUCCAUUGCCUCCGCUCUCCGAGUCCCACGUGAGGAUGUUGAAAAAUGGGUCAUUGAUACGAUCCGUGCCGGUCUCGUGGAAGGCAAGUUAAGUCAGUUGAAAGGCGAGUUCCUGGUCCAUCGGGCUACAUACCGUGUUUUCGGCGAGAGACAGUGGUCCGAAGUCCAGGGCCGAUUGAUGGUUUGGCGACGAAGCUUAGAAAAUGUCCUCGGCGUUGUUCGUUCUGAGAAGGAAAGAUUUAUUCGGGAAGGUAUGGCCGCUGCCAACACCGCGAACGAGUCUGGGCGCGGUGAAGGUGGUGCUAGAGGAGGAGCUGGAGACCGGAGAAAGGGAGGUGGCCAUCACAGAGAGGUUGAUUUAGUUGGCGGGGACUAA